CCUGCAGCCCCCAUGCCGGGCAUUAGCUCCACCGCGCCUCGUUAUGAAAACUGGGACAUGGACCACCUCGACCAUUACCAACAUUAUUUCUACGACGACCACGACCCGGACGAGGAUUUCUUCAAGUCCACAGCGCCCAGCGAGGACAUAUGGAAGAAAUUCGAGCUGGUGCCGACCCCGCCCAUGUCCCCCAUCCGGCCGGUGGAAGGGUCGAGCAGGGUCGGGCUGCUUUACCCAUCCCUGGGGGACAAGCUGGAGUGGGUCUCUCAGUUCUUGGGGCAGGAGGAUGAACAGCAGCAGGAGCUGCCUUGCAAACUGACCACGGCCAAUGACUCCUUCGGGAACCUGAGCUCCAUCAUCAUCCAGGACUGCAUGUGGAGCGGCUUCUCCGCCGGGCAGCAGCUGGAGAGAGUUGUAGGGGAGCGCUGCGCUUCCUGUCCCGGGACGGGGGCGGCUGCCAAAGUCGCUGCCGGCCCUGCCCUUGCAUCCCCGGGGAGGGCGCAGUGUGCACCCGCCGACACGCCAGCCCUCAGCGGCUUGGCGGCGGACUGUGUGGACCCUGCGGCGGUGCUCACUUUCCCGUUAACCGGUGGAUGCAAGAAACAAGUGUCCUCUGGUUCAGAGUCUCACACCGACUCAUCAGAUGAUGAAGACGACAAGGAUGAGGAUGAAGAGGAGAUUGAUGUGGUGACAGUGGAGCAGAAGCAGCAGAGUAAGCCUCGUCGACUGGUCAACACGCGUAAACCUGUGACCAUAACGGUGAGGGCUGACCCCCUCGACCCCGGCAUGAAGCGUUUCCACAUCUCCAUCCACCAACAGCAGCACAACUAUGCUGCCCCAUCCCCGGACACUUUUCCCCCGCCAGUUGAGCCGCCUCGGAAGAGGGUUCGGCAGGAGGCCUCCCCCCAGGCGAUCCAGCCUCACCAGAACUCUCAUUACCACCAGCCCCGGCCCGGCCAUGCCCCUCUGAACUUAGAAAGCAGAAAGUCUCAUGUGACUGUGGCUGGCGUCAGGUCAGAGUCACCUAACCUCAGCGCCUCCUCUCCUACCUCCUCCACAUUGCCCUCAUCUCCUCCCUCUUCCUCUUCUUCCUCCUCCCAUUCCCAAAGCUCCCCCUCAAAGCCCCACUCCCACCUCUCCAGCCCCCAGUCCUCCGACUGCGAGGACACAGACAAACGCAAGGCGCACAACUUCCUCGAGCGCAAGAGACGGAACGACCUGCGCUCGCGUUUCCUGUCGCUGCGGGACGAGAUCCCGGGCUUAGCGGACUGCCCCAAGACGCCAAAGGUGGCGAUCCUGACGCGAGCCACGGAUUACCUGCAGCAGCUUCACGCCAGCGAGAGGCAAAAGGCUCAGGAGAGGAAGCAGCUGAAAGCCAGGCAGCUGCAGCUGCUGCAGAGGCUGGCACAGCUCAAACGAUCCUGAGCUUCAGGGCCGGCUGUCACCACACAUAUACACUCACUGAACUCAAUGGGACUACAUGAAGGAGAAAAAAGACACUAAUGUUCACUUUGAGUUGGCCACGUUGGAGUAGUGCAGGUGGAUUUAGUUUUUUUGUUUUUGUUUUUGUUUUUUUGUUUUUCUUUUUCUAUUUUUGUGGUUUGCACAUUAGCUUCUGAGUGAUUGACAAGGCCACAAGCCGGUCAGGACGGCAAGCUAGGGACUGGUCUAACUUGGAAUCAUAUGGGCAGAUUAAUAUGUCCAUGGUUACUCAAUAUAGAUUAGUCAGACUGUUAUGUUUCCCCGCGCUAAAAAUGUUCACAACUGUUGCUUGCUACCGGAAGGCCUGCUGUGAACGCAGCAGCUUCUAGUUGAUAAACUGCUACAACUGUGCUGUUUAACUGCUGCAUGGUCUGGUCAGACGUCUCCUUGUAAUAGGUGUGCUUGCACGGCAGUGAUGUCUCCUCUUUCUUUCUAUCAGUCUGAAGAGCCCCCUAGAGUUUCUUUCCCCCUUCAAAGUUCAGCUGUUUAUGUGCUGGCAUACGCUUAGCAUACAACUUUUGUUUUGUCAUCAAGUUGAACCUUUUUCUUUCUGCUGUGUUCCUUUCCAUUUUUCUUUACUUUUCGCCCCCUCUCUGUAGCAUCUAACCUCUUCCCUGUUGUUUCUUGUUCUUUUCUUCACUCUUAAUCCCUCUCAGCAGUAGAAGCUUCUCACUUUAUCCUUGCUGAUAAUGGAGAUGCAGGGGGCUGUAGUUGGACUGUACUGAGCCAAGCAACAGUAAUGUUACAACUGGAUGGAUACGUUAUGUUCUGCACCUCUGAAAUAGCUCAGGUUAAGUCCUAACUUCUGUGCCUGCAGGUUUCCACUGAUAAACUUGUUUUUUCUUCUUGCAUCAGAGAUGUUUUUGACAGCAGCACUUUGCGCACUGUAGCAGUCCGUUUUGUAGCAUUAUUUGGAGAAAAUGAGAAGUUAUGUUGCCAUAAAGGCAUUGUUUGAGAUUUAUAGUAUUUUCAAGCAACAAUCUGCAAAAACUGUAUGAAAUUCUUUACCAAGAUUUCACUCUCUUAAUUAUUGUUGUGUGAUGAGACCAGCCAAAAGGUGAAUGUCGGCUUCAAUUAAUUAACCAAAAGAAACGCUUAGAGAAUGGCUUAAAUUUAAUCUGUAUGUCAUCAAAGUUGACAACUUUUACUUGGAGAUGAGGCCCACUAAGUUCCAACAGUAUAUUUCUUUCAUCUUGCUGUCUGAUUACAUUUGUAAAUUGAUUUUUUUUUUUUUUUUUUUUUUUUUUUUUUUUUGCAUUUGAUGUAAUGCCUAUAGAAGCCUUUCAAUGUAUGUAGACUAUCCUGUUGGAUGUUAUGUAUAUAGUACCCUUUGCUGUACAGUCCCUUCCAAACCAAAACCAGAGCUGUCUACUAUACUCAUCCUAGUUUUUGUUCGGCCUUGUGUGCUAAACUGGGGCCAGGCUUGCUGGCUUUUCAAAGAUAACUCAAAGCUUCUAUUUUUGUUAAUAAAAUGAUUGUGAAAAAGAGUCAAAAUAAAACACUUACUGAACAUUGAUCACACUA